CAUCACCUGCUCAUCAAAGCCGGUGUCUGCUACAGGUAGGUAGAAAUCUUGUUUGGGACAUUCUGCAUUUCUUUCCCCCUCUGACUUUUUCAUCUUGCCAUACCAUCGCCAAUUAUCCCUGUAAAGCAUCCGCAGCAAUCCUCAAUGAAUGCAAUGAACGUCAGAAACGCCGGUCAAAUCCCCCACGAUGCGGACUUCAUCGUGAAGGCGUUCGACUCGGUCCUCGCGCCGCUCGCGGCCAUGGGCAGCGGCGAGAUGUGGGGGUCGCAGCCCUUUAGCCAGAAAGACGGCUUCGUCGAGGAGAACCUCAAGGACGUUGAGACGUCGGAGAGAUACCGGACUACCGGCGAAGGCGACGCUCUGCGAAUCUUCAUCGCCGAAGUUGAGGUUGGGUCUUCCUCGGCGGCGGCUGAGAUUACCCCGCAUGACGCCGGGCUAGACGAGCCGGGCCUUCGGUUCAGGGUCGCCGAGGAUGGGAAGCGCUACUUAUCCGUCGGCGCUGCCUUCGUCCGCACAAAUUGGCUUCCGGGCCACGUGAAGGCGCAGUUUAAGCAAGACAAGAUUCGCGCCGAGCUGGAGGGGAAGAGGAAUUUCGUGUAUCUUGAUGUUGUCGUCACGGAUUUCAGGGCUGGACGUCAUCGUAAAGGCGCUGGAGAAGCGCUCGUUCGACGGGCCAAGGAGUACGGGGUUGAGAAGGGCAUGCAGGUGCUUUAUGUUGAUGCGUGGGCUGGGAACGAGAAGAAGUUGAACAAUUUCUAUGAACAGCAAGGAUUCGUUGCUGUCGAUGACUUCAGCUUUGCGCGUACUAAUAAAUCUGCUUGGCUUGGUACGUUUAUGCGGUUGGAUCUAUCGACAGUUGCUGGUCAGAGGGGUUGAAUGGGCGCAUUCACGAUGUCAAGACUGUGGAC